AUGUCAGAACGUUGGCGCGAAAUCAUCAACGUUCCCUUAUCGCUUAACGAAUUGGAAAACUUCAAAGCCAAUAUCCAACUCACCAGUAAAGAAAUGAACUGA